UCCAUGGCAACUCUCGACUUUCAGGAGCCGCUGCAUUCUCCGGAGACGCUGCAGCACCUAUUCGAUCGUCACCAAGCUGGUGACUCCCUCGAAGAGUUCACUCGUGCGGUGUGUGCUGCCCGCCCAGUGGGAACGGCGGACGCCACAUUUCCGCUGCUGCUCGAUUCGGGCAGCUUUUUCCAGGGGGUUUCAAAGCCGCGCAUCAUGGACUCGCUCAUCCACGACAAUCGUAACACCGUGCUCAAGACACUCUUCGAAGAACAUGUCUUCGGCGCCCUGAGUAAGCGCCGCGAAGGCGGACUGCGAUUCCUGGUGCGAACUGAAGACGCGCAGAAGGCGCUGCUAGGCGUGGAGAUAUCUGUGCUCGGCCGGAAGUUCCGUUUUGCUGCAGAAUCCCCUCUGGCUCAAUGUUUCUUCGUCGACAUCACUGGUGUGGACACAGCGGCCACGGCCACGGCAAUCUUCAAGGCGUUGGCGUCGCGAGGAGCUAGGGCGGUCUACUUCCGACGCGACCUACGAGAGACGGUCGGGUCUCUGCUCGUCGACGUGGAGGUUUUACUUCCCCGGGGACGAGCCACCGACCGCUCUGGUUCGCGACGGGAGUGUGCUCGCUCAUAUCAGGGUGGGCAAGACUUCUUACCGUUGCUUUGGUAA